UACGGAUUCCAUGUAUCCAAAAUAAACUUAGAUAGAUUCUGCUGUACCAAUCUAUCGAUGACAGUGUUUCUGCGUCACUAAAAUCCCAGGUUUUGGGGACGUUGGAGCACAGCUCAAAUUAUGAAUGCCAGCCAGUUUGAGAGAGUGAGAGGUGCUUCAUCACAACUCCUACUCUGGCUUUUCUUCAAGUUCAGUGGAAUCCAAGCCUUGUUAGCUUCCAUGGCAAUAGAAGACACAGAAGAAGACUACAUUGACAUGGAAUUCAACUCUUCUUCCCCGAUUGAAUUCGAAUUCCAAAUGAGUUCCAAUCUAGACGACACUGAGCAAUCCGAGGCCUCCCCUGCAGAUGAGCUCUUCCACAGAGGCAAACUACUUCCUCUCAGCCUGAUUCCAUCACUCUUGGAAGAUUUGGUGCAAGGUCAGAUUGAAGAAAAGAAGGCCACGAGAACCCCCAAGACAAGUGCCACCACAACUCCAUACAUGUCAUGCAAUGCCUCCCCUGCCGCUGCUUGCUUCAUCGGCAAAGAGAUCGGGCUCGAGGACUUGUUCCAUGACUGCUCGGAAGAGAUCAUCAGACCACAUUCCAAGAAGUCAUGGAGUCAGAAGCUGAAGGCCGUUAGAGAAGCUGCCACACUUGGUUCUAAGCUCAAAGCUUCAAAAGCAUAUCUCAAGUCUUUGUUCCACAAGCCUUGGCUUUCUAAAGUUAAGGAGUGCUCCAAAAGCAAAGGUAAACUCAUGGAAGAACAAAAGCAUGGGCAUAGGAGAUCCUUUUCGAGUUCAAGUAACUGGCUGUCGUCGACAAAGUCUUCAAGCUCUUCGUCGCGCAACUGGUCUAAGUCAUCAUCCUUCUCGAGCGUGAAUUCGACCGAACUUAGCGGGCAAUCGGCGCUGAAGAGAAGCAGCAGCGUGAACUCAGAUGUGGAGAGGUCGAUCCAAGGAGCAAUUGCUUAUUGCAAGAAGUCUCAGCAAAAGGAUUCUUCGAGGAAGAGCGCAACUGAUGUUGGAUUUUGUUUGCUUAAUGUUACCAAGGUUUCGCCGGAUUGUGAUCAUGACAAGCUUUGAUUUUGGAGGGAGUGGUGACUGGUGAGGAACAUAACUGAUGUAGUCCGCACUUGAAUGUAAGAAAUGAAAUUGCACUGUGAC